AACAAACAAAAAAAAAAUUAAGCGAGUAUCGUCAUGACCUACAGUCCCGUGAUAUGACAGACGACUAGAACGAUACGAUAGUCGCUGAGUGGAAGAGAAAGGGAAUUUUUCAACUUUGAACGCGCAGAAAAAAUGAUAAGAAACACUUCACCUGUUUGUAGUCUGCGCAGUCGGGGGGAUUAGCAGGACCGCGAACGAAUUUCCUUGAGCGGCGAAGAAGACCGCUAUUUUCCUCUCUUUUGAAGAUACAGUAAUCUGGCGCGUGUCCAGCGCAGGGCCCUGGGAUCCAGGCUCUUGUUUACCGACAGGCCAGCGGACAUUGCCAUUGGAAUACGCACUAACAACGUUUGGGCUCCAUCUUGCUGCCAGUAGCUGUCGUCAAAAUCCAUCAUCUUUUUGAGCAACUGAAACAAAUAUUUUCCGCUGAAGACAAACUUCGUUGUUGAGGCUUAGCCCUGCGAAAGCGUCAUGGCGGAUGCUACAGCCAGAUCGCUACAGUAUGAGUACAAAGCGAACUCCAAUCUUGUAUUGCAAGCUGAUCGCUCACUGAUCGAGCGCCGUGGACGUGAUGAGGCCACAGGAGAGGUUGUGUCCCUUGUGGGACACUUGGGAGGGAUUAAAAUGGGAGACAAGUACCAGAGAACCAAACCUCCUGUGUCUGAAGAGAAAAAAGCCAAGCGUCAAAAACUGGUGGAAAGAGAGGAGUUUACCAAGAGCAAAGCAAGCAGCAGUUUGUUGUCAGAUGAUUCAUCAGACUUGGCUGGAGUGCGAUAUAGGCCGAAAACCAGGGAAACCAAAUCCACCUAUGAAGUCCUCCUUAGCUUCAUUCAGGCUGCAAUUGGUGAUCAGCCACGUGAUAUUUUAUGUGGAGCAGCAGAUGAAGUACUUGUGGUGUUAAAGGACGACAAGAUGAAGGAUAAAGAGCGGCAGAAGGAGAUUAUAUCUCUUCUUGGUCCAACACCUGAUGAACGAUUUGCAUUGCUGGUAAACUUGGGAAAGAAAAUCACCGACUACUCUGUGGACAGAAGUUUACUAAAUGAUGAUGAAGUGAUUGACGAGACGUAUGGUGUGGCUGUACAGUUUGAUGAAGAGGAAGAAGAGGAGGAUAAAGACUUUGAUGAGGUCCGCGAUGAAGAAUCCAGUGAUGAGGAAGAGGGUGUGGAGGCUGACACAACCAUGACUCUUCAGGGAGGGUUGGAAGAUGAAAGGUCCCAGAGAACAGGGGAUAAUCUUCACCCUCGCGACAUUGAUGCCUUUUGGUUACAACGAGAACUGAACAAAUAUUAUGCAGAUGCUGAGGCCUCAAGAUCAAAAGCUGAAGAAGUAUUGGAGAUCCUUAAGAGUGCUAAAGAUGAUCGAGAACUCGAGAACAAAAUGAUGCUACUUCUGGGACAUGAUAAAUUCUCUUUUAUUAGGUUGUUGCGGAAAAACAAGAGCAUGGUGCUGUAUUGUACACUGCUUGCAACAGCACAGAGUGCCAAUGAAAAGAAAGAAAUUGAAGAGAAAAUGAGUUCUGAUCCAGAUUUAGCUUCUAUUCUGCAUGCGCUGACAGAAACAGAACAAGAAGACUUAAUUCAGGAGGAAAGAGCAAGGAAAGCAGCCAAUAGGAAAGCAAGGAUUGCAGCAGACUUGGAUGCUAUUGAGUCUGAUCAGACUCGAGGUAGUCGGAGGAUAUUGGAUCUUGAGGAUCUUACGUUCAAAGAUGGCAGCCAUCUCAUGGCCAACAAGAGAUGUCAGCUACCUGAUGGUUCGUUCAGAAAGCAAAGAAAAGGCUACGAGGAGGUUCACGUACCUGCUUUAAAACCCAAACCUUAUGAAACAGGAGAGGUAUGUGACGACUGCAAAACAUGUCAGAUUAUAUUAAAAGUGUUACUUUGACUGAAUCCUUGAUGGCAAAUGCUGUGACUCACAAUACAUACAUACAUACAUACAUACUUUAUUGACUUUCCCUUUAGAGGCUUUUCAAAGACAAUACAAUAAUAAUUUAAAACUACUUAAAAACUCUAAGAUAAUAUUCAGACUUAAAAUUAAUUAACUAGAAUUAGGAAUCUAUAAAAUCCUUGAUAAGUUUACGUUUAAGAUAAAACUUAAAAGCAGAUACUUUCUCGAGAGUUUUUAGAGAGCUAUCCAUGGAGUUCCAGAUACUGACUGUUCUG